AACUGCUACUGUUAAAUGAUAUCAUUCUCAGGAUGUACUUCAGCAACUCCCGAGUGUGACGCACUUGGAGGUACUUGCAUGGACUCCGGGACAUGUACCGAAAUUAGCUAUGACGCAUGCGGCUCUUCAUCUUGCACCUGCUGUGUCCCUGAUGAUGGGAAUUGUGCCAGGUUACCAAAUUGUGAGUAUUACGGAGGGCAAUGCAUCCAUCUUGAAAAUGCCUGCCAAUGCCCGGGCAUUCUCGACCCCUCUAGCUGCCUUGGCACCAAUUGUACCUGUUGCAUGUACGGUUGCUUAACAACGUACGAAUGCGCCUCUGCUGGAGGCUACUGCUUCCGAAGAGAUGGUCCCCACGUGUGCGGUGGAGAGGUCCUGGACUUAUGCAUCGAUGACCUCUGUCAUUGCUGUGUGAAUCCUCACUGCCCUGAUGAUGGUCACUGUGACGGUCACCAUCAUGGUCACCAUCACCAUCACCAUCACGGUCAUGGUCACUGGGAUUACCAUUACGGAAGCAAUGAAGGCAGCUACGAAGGAAGCUAUGAAGGCAGCCAUGAAAAUAACGGCCAUGGUUACGGUCAUGGUAACGGCCAUGGUAAUGGCCAUGGUAACGGUCAUGGUAGUUACGAGGGUAGUGGCGAGGGUAACGGUCAGGGUAAUGGUCAGGGCAAUGAUCAGGGUAACGGCCAGGGUAACGGCCAGGGUAAUGGCCAGGGUAAUGGUCAGGGUAACGGUCAGGGCAAUGGUCAGGGUAAUGGUCAGGGUAACGGUCAGGGAAAUGAUCAAGGUAACGGUCAGGGUAACAGUCAGGGUAACGGCCAGGGUAACGGUCAGGGAAAUGGUCAGGGUAACGGCCAGGGUAACGGUCAGGGAAAUGGUCAGGGUAACGGUCAGGGAAAUGGUCAGGGUAACGGCCAUGGUAACGGUCAGGGAAAUGGUCAGGGUAACGGCCAGGGAAAUGGCCAAGGAGGAGGAAGUGAUGCUCAAGCCCCUGCUAUUGCUAACAACACAGUAAACAGUCCUGCUGAAGCCCCUGCUGUUGCCAACGACACAGUAAACAGUCCUACUGUAGCGCAUGCUGUUGCCAACGACACAGUAAACAGUCCUACUGUAGCACCUGCUGUUGCCCCUGCUGUUGGUACACUCAACGGUAACGGUAAUGGAGCUCCAAAAGCGAAUCCAAAGGCAGCAGGCUAACCGUUGCAACCAGAGGAAAGAAAGCGGCGAUGUCUCCCACUAGAGGUGCAAGGCUGUUCUAAGAAGACUAAGACUGACAUUCAUUAACAAUCAUAACUUGAUAUUCAUAAACUGUAAACUCUUGUGAUUCCUUGAAAUAUGUUUUCUGAAAUAUUAAGCUGUAAUUCAUUCUUUAAAUAAAUAGCAAGCAUUGAA